AUGCUCCAAUCACUUAAUUGUGAAAUCGAAAGGACUAAAAUGUACUUAUAAAUUAUAAUUUUAAGGAAAAAAUACAACAAAAUUAUGAAUAGUCUUUUGCAUGAGCUUUUGAUUGGUUAGCAUACUUCUUGUAAUUACAAAUUCUAACUUUUUAAAAACAUAAUUCAAAAUAUGAAUAAAUAAAUAUAAAUUUUGAAAAACUUAAAUAUCACUAGCUGUAAAGCCUUUAUAAAAUAAAAAAACAUUUUGCAAUAAUAAAAGAAAUUAAAAAUUAUUAUUGUAAAGCCCUAAUUUAGAUAAAAACACAAAACAUAAUUUAAGAAGUUCAUAUUUUUCAUUUGA